AUGGUAUGGUUCUUUUCAAACAAAGAUAACAAUAAUGACACGACAAAAUUGAAUGACUAUUCGGAACAAGGCGAAGAUCAUUAUCACCAAGCUCCAUUUGUCCCAAAGGAACAAGACGAAAACUUACCUAUGGAUUUAGGAACUAUUCAAGAUAUUUUUAGUUUUAGCUUUAUUCGUGGAAGACCAAUAUUAAACUUCUUCUUGGCUAUUCUAUGGAGUAUUGGUCUUCCUAUUCUAUUAUAUCAUUUACUUUUACCUCAUAUUCACCAAGUAUUAGCAAUGAUAGUGGCAUCCUCUCCUCCUUUGGUUAUUGUGCUUAUACGUAUGUUCAAAGAAAAAACAAUUGAUGUUUUAGGGAUUGUUUCUGGACUUAGUUUUUUAAUCACUGGUAUUAUUUCUAUUGCUCAGCCGGAUGAAAAAACAAGUGCAAUUUGUGAAUCUAUUGUACCAUUAUUGAUUGGUGUAUUUUGUCUCUUCUCCUUGAUUCCUCUCCGUAUUGGCCAUUUUGAAUUACGACCUUUGAUUUUCCAGGUAGCAAAUCAAGUUAUGCCACGAGAAGAAGAAGAUGAACAAUUACAACAUUAUGAUCAACAACGACUUAGUAUAAAGAAAACAAGCAAACGACAGAAACUUGAUUACUUAUAUUCCAAUAUGAGUCGAUUUCGAAAUGAUAUGAGAGUGAUGACAGCUUGGUGGGGUAUCACUCUGGUGGCAACAUUUAUUAUUAAGGUGAUCGUUGUUAUGACAAGUACAGAUAUAUCUCAUGCUGAAACUGUUGGUUAUGUCGUAUUUGGUCUUGCUACAGGACUUAUGAUUGUUUUUACCUGGGUUUAUACUAAAUUGGUCAAGAAACAUGUUACUGAAUCCACCAAGGAAGGUUUAUCCAAUGCCACAUGGGGUGUCCAGAAAAUGGGAAAUACUUUUGCAAAACAAUACAAGGCACUUGGCGAUGAUGUUUGGAAGAACAAAGUUGAGAAGAUUAAUGCUGAACUAUUUACUCUGACAUAUGGCUCAAUGGUAUUACAACUGGUGAAAGAUUAUGAAGAUUACAAUGAAGUCAAUAAGCAACUUGAAAAAAUGUAA